ACAUGCAAACGGCACCAUCAAAUAAAGUUUGUAUACAUCUAUAACUACAACAUUAAAGUGUUCUUACAUGGCUCUUUUUUAUUGCUUAGCUAUAACUGUGGUAGGGGGGACAUGCUCUCCCUUAUUCCUUGGUACUGUAGCUUUCUUAUUAGGAUGUUGCAGUCACCUGUAUCAAAGGGUUUUCUUUGUUCCAACAGUGUCACACAGUUUAUUGGCUUAUUCUUAAAGCACUGUACGCUUUUGUUAUAAUGUUGUCAACUGCUUUCACAGAAAGACGAUACAUCUGAAGCCAUAUUGCCCAUGGCAGGUUAUGUUAAAUAACACAUAUAGUAUAUAGUCAAAAUAUUGUUUUAUCUGUCAGUUAAUAUAGUACUCUGUUACUUUACAAAUUAUUGGAACAUGUGAAAAGUAUUGAUAAUAGUGAGAUGAUUAUGCAUUAUCUUCCUUAUGGAUAGGCUUGAUUACAGACAGUUUUCGGCAUUCUGGAUGGGCACCUUCAUGUAAUGUUUUGUUUAUUAUUUUUGUUAAAGACAUUAUUGUCUAUUUUGUCAUGUGUUUAAUAACAGAAUUAGAAAAAGCAAAUUAGUCUUUAAGUCAGGAAUGAGUGAGUUUGGAUAUUAAUAUUAUGAAAAGGAUAGUUGCUACUCACCAUAUAUGCUGAGUCACAGAUAGGCGCAACAAAAAGACUAUCACAAAAUAAGCUUUCGGUCAACAAGGCCUUCAUCAAAAAUAGGCAACAGACACACAUGCACACUGAUGCAGCUGAAGCCAGAGUCAGUUUGGCUUAGCUGCCAGAGAAUGUGGUCAUGUGUUUGUGAGAGUUGUGUUUGUAGCAGUGAGCGUGUGUGUCUGUUGCCUAUUUUUGAGAAAGUUCUUGUUGGCCGAAAGCUUAUUUUGUGAGAGCCUUGUUGUUGUGCCUACCUGCGACUCAGCAUCUCCACUAUACGGUGAGUAGCAACAAUCCUUUUCUUAAUAUUGUUACAUUCCAUCCUGGAUUUUCCAUUGUCUGAGUUUCGCUAUUGCUUCACUGAUCUUACAUAACAUGUAUUGACCUAAGGUACCAGCUAUGAGUAAGUAGGAACUCAGUGUUUAGGAAGAAAUGAAUUAGAUGUAUGCUGAAGGUGAAAAAAAGUGUUAUAUAAACUUUAGUAGUUGUGGCCCUUGUGCAUUUGCUAUGGUGCAACUAACAUGAAAUGAUGGAAGACAGAAAAUCACUGCAGGGAAUUUAUUUUCUCAGUGUUCACUAUUGUCCUGUAUUUAUUUUCCAAAAAUGGAGAUGAAAUAUCACAGGCAGGCCUACACCACAUUCUGAAUGAAGAAACAGUCAUUUUGCUCAUGAAAACAAGUGCGGGGUAUAAAAGUUGUACAGGGAGACUAAUUGCUGAAUACAGUGUGCAGAUUUGGGUUCAAACUGAUGUAGAUUGCAGUAGUUAUUCAAAGAUGAAAAGGAUUACACAAGAUAGUGUGGAGAGCUGUAUCAAGCCAGUCUUUGCACUUACAUCAACAAAACAACAGCAUUACUGUGUGGCAUAAACUACUCUUGAAUUAUUCUGGAUAAUCUAGAUUACGUAAAUUAAGAUAUCUGCACACUAGUCUUAAAACCAGAUCCUGGUCGAUAGCAAACCAGUUUUAUUUGUGCAGCACUACAAUUAAUUGUGUAUAACGUUAUCUGACGUAUGUUUUCUUUGUCAGUUGUAAAUUUAUUUAUUUGUGAACAUGAGAUAGCAUUCAAACCAAAUUACAUAAAGGAUUAUGACUCGCAAUUUAUUUUAACGCGGGCGUACGGUAGAGCCAUUAACCCAAUGCAUUCGCCUUUGAAUAAAUUAGUAAAAAAAUUACAUGCGAUGAGAUAAAUUAUCAAGUAUUAGUGAAAAUAAUUAGCAUUUCCUAGUUAAUCAUGUCAAUUACAAUAGUUUUGUUUACACGUCAUUUCAUUAGUACUCCUUCGAUGCGACAGUGGCGCAAAUCCCAAUGACAAAACUUAUUUUAUUUCUAAAACUCUAACAUUGGCUCAUGGCUUAGUCUGUUGUAUAAAGCGUAAGGCUAUGUCAAACUAAGAUAUUUCUGCCAUAAGAACCAACAACUUUUAUACACUUUAAAAAUAUGCGCACGAAAUCAUCCGGCGUUAAUCAAAAUGAACAUCAUACAUCAUUCUUACGGUUUUACUUGCCCACACAUGUAGUUUACGGGAAGUUCUGAAUAUUUAUGUUACUGUGCGUAGAUUAUUUUAUUUAUGGUGAAAAGCUUGUACAAUGCAUUUCCAUCUCUUCUUUCCGUUCAUUAUCCAAACAUAAACACAUACAACACGAAGGCGCUGCAGAACGCAGCAGUGCCAGUGUUUUGUCCUGUCAAUCGAUUAGUUUCCCGCAGCGAAGCUCUCGAACGUCCUCAUAAAAAUGGCCGUCUUGUGGUCUGGUGCGGACCAACCUAACGUGAUUUGUGCACUAUAAGGCAGCUGACAUGUAACAAAUUCAGCUUUAGUAUCAAAAAUUGGAGCCGUCGUCCGAAACGACGUGGCUAAAAUGGAGUUACACGACGAUAAUUCCGCUGUUAAGGAUCGCAUCUUGGAAGACAUCAGGAAGGCGAUCAAGUUGCUCCACCAGCAGGAGGUGCAGCAGCUGAAGCGGGACGCGGCGAGCCGCGCGCCGUGCCCUGCCAGUGCUGCGCUGGUGAGCCACCUGGACGCCGGUCUGCGGCACGGCCUGCGCGAGCAACGCCCCGGGUACUGGCCGCUCGUCGCGGACGUCUCGCACUCAGAAACCCGGCGCACUCUGGCUGGCAUCUCAUCGCCUUCAGCUAGGGGGAAGGCUUGGGUGCAGCUGGCCGUGUCGGAGGGAUCGCUGCGCAGCCACCUACAGUGCGCGCUGUCGGACCGCGAGGCGCUGGCGCGCCACUACGGGGACCGUGCACUGCUGCGCGAUCACGCGCGCUCGCAGCUGCUGCUGCAUCUGGUCGGGGUUGCGGACGCCGUCGCCGGGGGACUGCUGCGACAGCAGGCACUGGAACUGCGAAAACCAGCAGAAGAGGAAUCUGGGAAAGGCACUCCGGGAGCAGGUGCGACGGGCCCCGACCCUCUGAUGAUGGCGUCGGUCACGUCGUCGCUGGCAUCGCCUGUAGACUCCGGGGUGGCCCUGCUGGAUAGUGACAGCGAAGCGACCACGGCCAACGGGGAGCCGGACGACGGGUCAAGUCUGCGGGAGGUGGAAGCCGCAUUCCACGACAUGGAGGGCACCACACCUACGCCGUCUCUGGCCUGCCCGCCGCCGGCCGCCGUCGUGGAGAGCUGCGGCUCGCCCGCCGCGGAGACUCCUGUCGGCAGCGAGGGCUCAUGCGACGCGUUCGUGUACCCGAACUCGGACCCCGCAAACGUGCAGGACGCUGUGGAGAGACAGGUGCUGAACGAGAUCGCGCGACGCUUCAAGGAGAGCAACUCCCCCAGGAGGAAGGUGGACAGUAGCACAAAAGCUGGUACAAACCAACCUGCUGACACAAAUAAGAUGAGCGAGCCUAUCAUUACAAUGUGCAAUGAAAAGAAGUACGAAAUGGAGGAAAAGUCUGAUCUCGUUAACAAGGAAGCCAGUGUAAUGGGUGACAGCGAAGCCAAGAACAAUGAGAAGAACCGCAUCUACCACUCGCCAGAUAACAAGGAGCUAGAAGCGGCAGUUGGCGACACGGAUGGCAUCGUCUUCCGGAGGCACCGUCGCCGUCGCAAGGCCAACGGAGACCCGGCGACCCCAAAGCGCGUCUCCUUCCACGGGGACGUGGGUGUGGGCGGGGCGACUGCCACGCAUGCGCAGGGGCAGCAGUUCUCGGCGAGCUUCAUGCCUGCCCACCCCGUUGUCAAGAAAGACGUCGUGCCCGGCAGGUACAGCUGGUGUGCCGAAGGAGACGCACCGUUUGUGGAGCGCCGAGACGGGGGAGCGGGAGGCACUUGCUCCGACGUGCUGCUUGCGUCUUCCACGUCUUCUGUGGCGACGACUGAUACGACCGGGACAGAAGGUGCAAAAGAUGCAGAGGUCAGGGCCUCGACUGACAGCCUCGAGGUGUCGGAGGAGCGUGGCAUCCCCGAGGGGCGGGAAGACCCUCCCAGGCCGGCGGGGACAGACCGUGGCAGCUACCGGCCCUCUGGCAGCAGUGUCGCCAGCUGCGGCGCCCUGACGGCAGGAGCCGACGACAGUGCAAUAGCGGCAGCAGCCGCCGCCGCCGGGUCUAGGGGAGGAUGCUUUGUACUCAGCGCCUCUCUUGCAAAAUUUGCCUCCAUGGCUUCUUCCAUAGACUACUGGUCAUCAGAUGAAGCGGACGGUGACGAGUCUGCCCUCACGGACAAGCGCCAGUCUAUGCUCUCUGUCGCGUCAUCAGCUCCGAGUCUGAAAGCUCGCAUAAGCCAACGGCGGCUUACAGCUCUCUCACAGAAGCCAUCAAAAGCUCCUCUCCUACAAAGGUUCAUGCGCUCGCUGGCGGGCUCCGCGCCGCGCCGGCCGCUCCCGCAGUGGCGCCGCGGCCUGCCCGUCGCCGCCCCCACCUCCCCCUUCCCGCGCCUCCCCUGCCCCGUCCCCACUCCCCCCAUCUGCGCGACCGACUCGCCGGAGAGGGCGGUCGCCCUCGCGGCCGCCGACGCGACGUUUGCCGCGGAAAUGCGCCAGCUUGCCGCGCAGAAGAUUUCCGCCGCAGCUGCGGAGGCGGACUGCGGGCCUCCCGGCGAUGUGGAGCUGGACCGUGAAAUUGCACAGAAAGCGUUCUCUGCGACUGUCUUCUGUCGGCCUACUGAGACACUGUACAAGGUGUACAAGGUGAGCAGCUCCUACUGGUCUCCGGACGGGGCAGGCCCCCGCCCGCUGCUGCUGCUGCUCACCGACUGGGGCGUCUACGUGUGCGGCCUCAGAGCCAACCUGACCUACUGUGCCGUGCUUGCUCUUGCCUACAGGGACUUGCACACAGUUAUUGCGGGCCCGCGGCUGCAGACGUUGAUUCUGGUUCCGGAUCCUGUGACACACCCACUGCCGCCACUAGCCCUGGCGACGCCAGAUGGCGACUGCGCACGCUCGCUGCUCUGCCACCUGGACGUGGCGGCGCGCCGGUCGUCCGCCUCGCAGAAGGUCCCUGGUGGCCCCAGGGCGCGGCUGCUGCUCCCGGUGCGGGGCGGACCGACGGCUCCGGCAGUUGCGGAGGUGUCGGCGGACGACAUGGCACGCCUCAAGGCUCAGUUGGACGUGGAGGAGAUGGUACACUACGCGCUGGUGCGCGUACAGGACGAGCAGCUGAGCCCCCCCUCGACCCCGCUGGGCCCGCAGCGACAGGGAUACCUGAUGGCGCGCGCCUCCGAGGACGAGCCAUGGCGACCCGCCUUCUUCAUACUCAAGGCGGGCGUGCUGUACCAGUUUGCGGACCAGGCGCAGCGCCUGCCUUUGAGCGCCCUCCUGCUGGGCGGCGGGCACUGCCUGGGGGCGCGCCGCAUUGCCGUCGCCCACGCGCGCCCCCACUCCUUCGAGCUGUGCACUGCGGCCGAUGGGGACGGCUCCGGUGCGGCAGUGGAGGGCCGCGACAGGCGCGUGCUGCAGAUGGCGGCCGCCGACGAGUACGAAGCCUCGGAGUGGUUGCAGGCGCUGGUCCAGGCUGCGUCCGGGCUGUACGAGGUGGAGCGGGCGGAGACGGUGCCGUGCUCAGUGGUGCUGACGCCGACGUCGGUGCUGACGUGCCGCGAGCACUGGUGGCCGCGCUGGGUGGGUGUCGGCAGCCCCGGGGGCGGCGCGGAGGGGCGGCACGGGCGGGCGGAGACCCUCGCCCGGGCGCCGCUCGCCGACAUCACGUCCGUCACGGUCGCCACCGACAGCGACAGCUGGUGCAUCCUGGAAUUCUCAUGCCGCGAGGUUCACGCCACGAGCGGAGACUGGGUGCUGUACUUCGCGUCGCCGCGCGAGAUGAUCGCCUUCAGGGAGGCCCUGCGCACGCUCUGGCCCUCCGUGUCAAAGAGAGAGUUCCCGCUGCGCGGCCGGCUGGAGGAGGGCCUGCACCGACGCUGCGUGGAGACGGCCCUGCAACUCGCUGCCGCCUGGGACCAGCUGCUGCCACUCGGCUAGCUGCGGAUGAAUGCUGGGCAUUAGAAGGGUGUCUCUCUGUAAUGUGGACAGGUGCGGUGCGGUGCGGAACACACGGUUGACAAGCGGGAGUGUCU